AUGAGUGACAGCACGAUCAUUGAGACCAACUCGGAUGCCACGGGCGCAAAAAGGUACGCCGUUGACCGCGGCUACUGGAGCGACCCGUUCAUCCGGUACUUCAGCUCCCGCUUGGACAAAGGGCGCAGAACCGUCAUCCUCAGCCGAAGGUACUUCACGCGCGUCCACACCUUCUUCACACAGGCGGUUGCCUUCUGCUCCAAGUUCCAGGGCAAGUGUAACAUUGUCAGCCUUGGCGCCGGCUUUGACACCCUCUACUGGCGGCUCAAGGCCAAUGGCACCACGUUUUCACAGUUUGUGGAGGUGGAUUUCAAGGAGGUCAUCUUGCACAAGGCGGAGAUUGUCAAGCGCCACCGGCCUCUCCACGACCUGCAAGGCGACGACUACACGGCGAUGAGUCACGAUCUCCGGGCAGAGGACGCCGCUGCUUCUAUCAGGGCAGCCGUCACAGACCCGUCGCUGCCGACGCUGAUCAUGACGGAGUGUGUGCUGGUGUACAUGCCACCGAACGACAGCCACCGCCUCAUUGCCGCCAUGGCGGAGGCGUUCCCAACGUCAAUCUGGCUUGACUACGAACCGAUCAACGCCACGGACAGCUUUGGGCAGAUGAUGGUGCACAACCUCAAGGCGCGCGGGUGCGAGCUGCCCGGGAUCCACGCGAGCCCGACGGUGGCGGCGCACAGCCGACGGUUUGAGGACAGCGGAUACGAACACGCCACGGCAGUGGACCUCAACCACGCCUACCAGCUCAUCCCCGCAGACGAACGCAGGAGGAUCCAGCGGCUUGAGUUUCUUGACGAGUUGGAGGAAUGGACGCUCAUCAACAGCCACUACUGCUGCACGACAGCAUGUGUUGAUGCCGCCAACGCAGGCCUCCAGCACCUCCUCCUCCCUACACAGCCAUAA